AUGUCCUUUGGCUGGAGUAUCAUCCUACUUUGCCCUCUUGUUCUAUUUGAUGUGGCCGGGACUUCCAGUGGUAGCUUUAGGCAACUACCCAGUUCAACAAUUAAGCCUGGAUUUCCUGUCCCCGUCAAGACCAGUGACCCAGGAGUACGGAAAGCAGCUAGGUAUGGUGUUUAUACAUACAACAACGUCUCCAACGACAUCUUUUUGUUCAAAGAAUCUUGCAUAAACAAAGCCAUGGUGCAGAUUGUGAGCGGGCUGAAGUAUAACCUUGAUGUCGAUAUUGGCCGGACGGUGUGCACCAAAAGGAAACAUCCCCGCUUGGACCGAUGUCACUUUCAGAAGCGCAAGAAAUUGAGACAAACAUUCAGAUGUUAUUUUGAAGUCUGGCUUACUCCUUGGCUGCAGAGGGUUGAGGUAUUAGUCUCCCAUUGCCAAUGA